GCCUUUAAAGGUUAUGUGAUUAAUGUUAUGUCAAAUUUAAAUGUCACAGUAAACUUAUUUUAUCAAUUUUCUGCAUAUAAAAAUUAUGCAAAGUAAUUUUUGAACUAUUUUGUGUUUGAAAAACUUGACAUAUGGCUCUUUCUACGCCAGGAGCUUCCCGAACUAAACCCAUCUCAUGUGGCGGAUUUGAAAAAACCCCGAAAUCACAUUUUUCAACUCCGAAGUGUAACUAUGCAACUCCUAAAGUUAAAAAGCUUGAAUAUGUACCAACUACACCCGAUUGUUUCAAUAUUGUACAAGUCGAAACCCCAGUAAUCAAGAGAAGAAGCAGUAAAGACAAAUUUGACGAAGUCAGUAACUUGACCGUUGCUGUAAGGAUAAGGCCUAUGAAUGCAAGAGAAUUGGUUAUAGUAGGUGCUACAGACGUGGUGCGUGUACGAAAGCAAGAAUUAAUUAUUAGAGCACAAAAUAGUAAUAAUGGCUUAAAUACUGAUCAUAUAUUUCAGUAUGAUCAUGUCUUUUGGUCGUGUGAUGAAUCUAACGAUAUUUAUGCAUCUCAGGAGGAUAUAUUUUUAACUUUAGGAAAACCUUUACUCAAUAGUGCAUUUAGAGGUUACAAUGGCUGUCUUUUUGCUUAUGGACAGACAGGCUCGGGCAAGAGUUUCAGUAUGAUGGGUAAAAAUAUGUGUGAAGCUGUUGAUAUUGAUUGUCAUCUUUUCUCAGGGAUUACGCCGAGGUUUUGUAGAGCUAUUUUUGAUAGAAUAUCUCAAUUAGAUAGUACCUCCAUAUGUACAGUAGAAAUCAGUUAUUUUGAGAUAUACAAUGAAAAAAUACAUGAUUUACUUUCCAACAACACCAGUACUAAUAAAACGCCUUUAAAAGUCAGAGAACAUCCAGAAUUAGGACCAUAUGUAGUUGAUUUAAGUAUUCAAGUUGUUAAAUCUUAUAAUGAUUUGAGAAAAUGGCUCUUAAUAGGUAACAAAAAUAGAGCAACAGCAGCUACUACUAUGAACGAAAAAUCAUCCAGAUCUCACAGUAUUUUUACUAUAGAACUUUGUCUUUCUGAUGAUAAGAAUGGAGAAAGUGCUAGCAGAAGAAGUAGAAUUAGUUUAGUAGAUCUAGCAGGUAGUGAACGAUUGAGUAAUUCUCAAGGCAGUGAAGAUAAAAUUAGAGAAGGGGUUCAUAUAAACAAAUCAUUACUUACACUUGGAAAAGUUAUUUCAGCUUUGGCAGACCAGAAGAAGAACUUUGUGCCUUAUCGUGAAUCUGUUUUGACCUGGUUACUUAGGGAAAGUCUUGGUGGAAACUCACUAACUACAAUGUUGGCAACAAUUUCACCAUCCAGUACGCAUGUAGAUGAAAGUUUAGCAACUCUUAGGUAUGCUUGCCAAGCUAGAUCAAUAGUGAACAGAGCUAGAGUUAAUGAAAAUCCCCAUGAUAGAUUAAUUCGUGAGCUUAGAUGCGAAGUUGAAAGAUUGAGAGCUCUGCGACAAGAUUAUGAAAGGAGCUCCUUAUCCACAUCUUCUUUAAAUUCUUGUAACGAAAGCCAUGAUGAAGAAUUAGAUGAAUUAAGAAAAAAACUGACAGAUUCUGAGAAGCAGUUAGAAGAAGCUCAGAGGAAUUGGGAAAAGAGAUUUUUGGAAACCAAAGAAAGUCAGUUGAAGGAAUUAGCUGAAGCAGAGAAGUAUAAAGCCGAAUUAGAAUCUAAAGUUAGAAUUAUGAAAAAGAUAGAUAAUAAUGUUAAUUUAUCUUUAUAUCAAACCAAUUUUCUCGAAGAAUUGGAAGGUGUUUUAACUCAAGAAACAACGAGUUUAUGUGAUAGUGAUUUAGUAGAAGUUUUGAAAAAUUGGUGUUGUAAAAAUGGUUUAAUUUGCACAUUUUCAUCAGACGCUCUAAUAAUAAAAGAUCCAUUGAAGAACAAACAGUCGCGUAUAUUAACAAAUUCUAUUAGUAUGAAAGGAUAUGAGAAUAUUAACGAUUUUGUAAAUAAUUUAACUUGGAUAGAUUGCAAAAAUCUUGCAAAAAAAAUCAACAAAAACGAAAUAUUAACUUCAAUGAAUCAAAUUUAUCAAGCAUUGGCCAAUCUUCAACCUCCAGAAAAUGAAAAUAAUCUAUGCCUAUUAUUUGCCAAAGUUAAUAAGACCUUGCAGAGCUUUGAGGCAGCUCUCUUAAAUAACAUUAAAAACAACGGAUGUCAAAAAGUUGUAACAUUUAAUACAGAUGCUUUGAAGUGAUUGUAUUUGAUUCGAUGUAGAUUAAUUGCUCAACACAGAUGUUUGAUAUGAUUUUGUUAUUUACUAAAUUGGAAGUUUCAUUUCAGUUUUUCAAAGUGAUUUUUGUUGAAAUUGAAGAGCAUAGUUUAAUUUAGUUUCAUCAUUUGUAAAUCAGUCAAAUUACUAAUUUCACAAUGAUAUUAACACAAAAUUAAUUUUUUGUAUGUUAAUACUAUGCUGAAAAAACUGAUGAUUUGAUGAGAUCUCUCUCCAACUUUAUGAUUUUUUUUGUGAGUUCUGUCGAGCAUUGUUAACAAGACCUCUCAAUUUCUUAUGUUGGCUAUUUAUGUACCAGAUUCAGCUUUUUUCUAUAAUUCUCGCUCAUUUUUGUCGUGAUGAGUUUUCUUAAACUUUUGUCUGUUUUAUUAUAAUUUGGCUGUUUUCUUCUGGCUUCCGUAACGUAUCCAUCCAGAUUUCCAGUAAAUGUUUCAAUUUUAUUCUUAUCACUUAUCUGAUUUUUUUAGUAACUACUAGUAGUUCAAAUGAACCUGCAUGUAAUUAAUUAACUAAUUCACGGUGUUACCAAGAUAGAUGACAUCAUUGACUGAUUUUUACAGAUGAAAUCCUCGGGAGUCCUUGGACAAAAUUAAUAAUAAACCAUACCUAGGAUAUUAUUUUUUAUUUUUGUAUUUUUUAUUAAUUUAUUGCUUUUAAAUAUUUGACAGUGUUUUUUUAUUAUAAAAAUUAUGUAUAAUAAAUAAAUAAAAAAAACUUUUUCUUUUCUGUUUAGAAAUUUAUCUAAAAAAUGAAUAAAAAUGUAAAUUAUCCAUCCUACUCAAAUAAAUCAUGAAACUAAUAAUAUACCAAGAUAGAUAACGUUUCGUUACCCAAUAAAGUAAUUUUUGAUGCUUUUUCACUUAUUUUAUGUAAGUGAGACAAUUUCUUAGGAGAAGAGGUCAAAAUGACUACUUGAGAAAUUUUCGAAAACCAAUUGACUUAUUUUACAGCUGCCGGAACACCGACAGGUGCCCUUUGUUCCACUGAGAGCUAUAUUAUGAUGAUGAAAUGACCUAUUAUGGAGAUGUUCUGAAAUGUAUCGAGCUAUAAAGAACCUAGGAAGAAAAUAUCAUUUUUACACAGCGAUAAAGUUUUAGGACAAAAGAAAUUUCAGUUCGAGCCAUUAGAGGAAAUAAAAGAAAACUACCUAAACAAUGGAAGGAUAAUGUGCCUUGUAAAUUUGUGAAAAUUAAUAAAAGAUAAAAAAAAGUUUCUGAAAUCUAUUUAAUUUCCUAACAGUACAAAAUAUUGAGUUAAUAGAUAAAAUUUAGUUCUCAUAAAUGGUAUCUACCAAGUUUCUAAAUACCAAUAUUCUAAAUUUGGUUGUUUGGAUUCUUUUGAACUUUUGUUUUGAUCCUAUAGUAUUAAAAACGUUAUUAUGGUCCUUCGAGCCGAAUUUUUUCAUAACAAUAUUUGAUAUUAAUUGAAUAAUAGAUGCUAUAUCUAGUUUUUUCCCAUUUAAUGCUGAAAUUUUCAAUUAUUUUAUGAUUAAAAAUAAGACAAUGAAUCAUAUUUUUUAUUUUCAAAUUAUAAAAAAACAGUUUACUAACAAGAAUCUACAUUAGAAUCAAUAUACCCACAAUUAUUUCAAUAUUAAAAAAUAACCUGAUAACAGUAUUGUUGCACUCCGGAACUGGAAUACACAAUAAAAUAUUUAACUCAUAUUCACAAUUUUUUUCAUACAAGAGAGUUCAAAUAAUUAUUCCAAUGACUUAUUGGAAAUUAAUAAUCGACACAUUAAAUCCAAUAUAAAGUACUAAAUAGAAAAAUGAUAAUCUAUCCAUUUUUUGAGACAUUACAGGAUAACUAAUGAAAAGAGUUGUCGGUAAUAUAAAAUUGUCAUUUUUAUCACAGAUAACAAUAAUUAGUCUUUGAAAUCAGGCGAGUCACUACGUUUCACAUAAACUUCACCAAAUUUACUCAUGUAUUUCCGAAUAAAUUCUCUGGCUUUCAUUUUGACAUUGUCAGUACAAGUCAGCUCUUCAAUUUUCGAUAUAUGUUUUAUCUCCUUCAGCAUUACAAAAUGGGUUAA